AAGUAGAGCUAGCUGGCUAAUCAGCGAGUCCUUCACGUCGGCUCCGACUGAGGUCAGGCGGUCCUCCCGGUGCACCGUUGGCGGCUUUUGUCGUGGACGAGCCUUCACAUGAACCGGUAAUCGUAUUUAAGCUCCAGCCGAGCGAGAGCCUGUGGGGUAGAGCGGAGUCAUGGAUAGAGCGGCGCAAUGACACACGAGAGCCUCGCCUAUUCCCAGCUGUCGGCCAAGGCCGCCGCCCUGCGCGUGAUCCACCUGCCGCUGUCCGUGUGUGGUUCUCUGGCACAGCUGCAGGUAAGCCCAGGCACCAAGAAGGUGGUUGCGGCAGCUGCCUUCGGCGCCGUCUCGCUACUCUUCCUGGCCCGCCACUUUCAGAGGAGGCGGGGUCGAAAGAAGACUGCAUCGCCGCCAUGGGAGCAGGCCGCCAUCCAGCUCUUCGCUUCAGCUGCCGCCGCCACAAUGGAGGAUGAUAACACCAGUCAGCAGAUCACGCUCUCCCUCAAGUCCAAGUCUGGCUUCUCCGCAGCGGUCCUCUCUGCUCAGGCCCACAGGGAACGUUCUGGUUCUGUUCACAGCCUCGCGUCUUUGCAAAGCAUAGACUCGUCCAGCAGCGGAACCUGUGCCAUGGAGCCCAGCUGCUGGGACCGACUGGGCAGCGCCGACCUUUGCAGCGUGGUCACCACACCCGAAAACCUCUACCUCAUGGGUAUGGACUUAUUCGAGGAAGCUCUGCGGCGCUGGGAGGAGGCCUUGACGUUCAGGAGCAAGCAGGGGGACGACGACCUGAGCCGAGUGUCCGUCAAGACGGGAGCAGAAGACGCCAUCGCCGAGCAGAACGUGGAAGGUCAGGAUGUCAUCAGCGCAGAGUUCAUCUACAGACUGAAGUUUCUGCUGCAGAGGGCUUACCGCCUCCAGGGGGAGUUUGAGGGCGUGUUGGGCAUGUCUGAGCCUUCAUCCGACGCCCGGAGCCAGGGUCAAUUCCUUUUCACCUGCAUGCUGUCGUCUGCAUAUUGCGUAAAUGUUUUCUGCCUGUCCCUGUCAGACGGUUUGGCCCAAGACGAGCAGGACGACGUGUGUCUGAAGGACAGCAUCAGCAUCGCCUCCACCGACUCCUUCGUGUCCGCUGCUGAGCUGUCGGAGCACCGGGAGCUGCGCUACAUGCUGACUAAUAACCCCUUCUACGAGGAGGCCUUGCAAAUGGCGGAGGAGGGCAAGAUCUCCUGCAGGGUGCUGAGGACAGAGAUACUGGAGUGCUUGGGUGACGUGGACUUCCUGGCCAAGUUGCACUGUGUGCGGCAGGCCUGUCAGCUCAUUCUGCGUGAAAAGACCACCAGGUUGUUCCUGGCAGACACCGGCAAGAAGAUUCUGUCCUCUAUCAUCGUUAAAGCACAGAAGAGCCCAGAUAGAUUUGAGCAAGUGUUUGAGGAGAUGAUGAUAUUCUUGGAGCAGACGGAGCAUUGGGAGAACACAGCGGUGGAGCUGGCCACACGUGGGGUGAAACACUUAAACUUCUACGACAUAGUGCUGGACUUCAUCCUCAUGGACUCCUUUGAGGACCUGGAAAACCCACCCAUCUCCAUCCAGACUGUCAUCAACAACCGCUGGCUCAACAGCUCCUUCAAGGAGACGGCUGUGGCGUCCAGCUGCUGGUCUGUCCUGAAGCAGAAGAGACAGCACAUGAAGGUUGCAGAUGGCUUCAUCGCCCGCUUCUACACGCUGUGUGAGCAGAUCAGUCCAGUCCUGGCAUGGGGCUUCCUGGGACCAAAAACUCCCCUGCAUGACUUCUGCUGUUUCUUCAAGGACCAGGUGCUGCACUUCCUCAAAGACAUAUUCGAUUUGGACAAGGUGCGCUACUCGUCAGUGGAAAGUCUGGCUGAGGACAUGUUGCACCUGCUACACAGACGCUCUGAACUGCUGCUGUCUUACUUGGGUGCAGACUCCCUGCGAGCUGCUAGCAGUCACAAUGUUGCCACACUGCAGCUGAUGCCCGGCGCCCCCAUGGAGGCUUGUGUUCAGUGACAUGGCACUGAAAGUUUGAAGACUCACACAUUGUCCAAGGCAUUGCGAUACCACAUGUGAUCAGCAGUGUAGCGGUCUUGUGCCACUGCCUACUUCGAAGCAAUAUUUUUUUUGUCGGUAUUGUGGUUUUCCCCUGAAUGUGUCCAACUGUAUUUAUGCUGUAGCUUACAGUUAAACCAAAAGCUUACCGAACAGGCUAAUGACUAUGUAACGUCAUUUAUAUCCCAUUAAUAAUACAGAGUGAUACAAAUCCUGACUUUGCCACCAGGAAAAAGUGUUGAGUAACGUUUUUAAGCAUUUCUGCAAUAUUGUGCUCAAAAUUUCACUUUGACGCAAGAUGUCCAUGAUGUACAACUACUACUAAGUGCGUUUGUGUUACCUAAUUUGACUGCAAGUUGCUUCUUAAGGGAAUUUUGUCUUAAAAAGAAUAUUGAGGGGAAAAAAGCAACUAUGGAUUUUAAUCAUGAAGUCCUUAUCACUGAAGCUUGAGAAUUAAUGCACAAGUUAAAUGUUGCAAUGUAUGCACAUCAGUUUGUAGAACAUUAAAUGUUUUUCCAUCCACAUUUGAAGUUGUUAAAAUGAAAUAAAAGAUGGUCUAAUGAGCCACUUAGAG